GACCCGGCUAUCGAAGGAGUCAGCGAUUGGUUCGCAGGAUUUGACUGUUACAACCAGCUAGUCACUACCUACACAAACCAAAACCUCUUCAAGACGCCUGAAAGAGUUGAGACACUCAUGCAGUUCUCCGACAGUCUAGAAAAAAUUAGCGAAAACUGCGGAGGUUACCUCUGUAAUGGUCUUCCCGAAGCCGUCCUCGACCUUGCACUGCUCUGGGCACCGGCUGGACCGCUUGUCCGAAACGAUGACUCUCCGAGUUGGAGUUGGGCAGGAUGGUUGGGGCAAGUAAAUUACCCUUUUGACCCUACAAACUGUCCCGAUCUCCACGGUGCCAAUUCCACACUCUGGUUCAAAUCGGAAAUACGAGAGUUCCACCUAGGCUGCGAAUCCUCACCCCACACUAUUCGCCGAACGCAGGAACCAAAGCUGCGCAUCGAAUACCCCGAAUACAACGAACCAUUGCCUGAUGCUAGCGACGAGGUCGAUCCGAAUUCAGGGACGCUGCAGUUCUGGACACAAACAAUAUCUGCCCGUGGUUGGGUGGUCGAGCAGCUGAAACGAUCAAGCGGACAAAUACCGUGUUCACACCUCGUCAACCCCAAGGGAAAACAUUGCGGAGUUGUGAUGGAUUAUGAGCAUUCGCUGCCGAACUUCGAUGCUAGUGCAAAAUACGAAUUUGCUCUUCUUUCGCGGAAUUUUUCUCAAGAACCCAUAUCGACCGUGAAGCGAUCGAAGAUACCCACAAUACAUCCUCCAGGAACACCGAUCUGGGAGAGCAAACGAUUUUUAUGGAACGAAGACGUGGUAGAUUAUGAUCCGCGGGAGUACAAGGCCGGACCCUGGGCUGUGCUGAACGUCCUCCUAAUUAAGUGGGAGGGCGGCAAGGCCGAACGAGUGGGUGUUGCCCGCAUUCACGAAGACGCCUGGGCAUCAGCUUCCCCGAGGCGGAAAUUUGUUGUAUUA